AAACAAUGUCCAAAAAGCAUGGAAUACUAGAUAGGGAUACAGCUAAUGCUACUGCAUACGAUGCUAUGCGCUUGCAGAACUGCAAGUCCUAUACGUUUAGACAAGGGGAAAUGUAUCCCAGCAUAAGGCCCCCGAUGUCUCGGUGUCGUCCCGCAUUCUCAGAAAAGUGGAUAGCCAACGUGGCUGAAAAUACAGGCUGUAMGCCAUUCGACCCCAAACUGUACUCCAACAAAAAAGCCGCACCAGUAGAGAAUGUGGUCACUCAAAAAAGAGUUGACAUGCCCCGCCCAUCRAAUAAAUACGUCUGCAGUCAAAUAAAGCURCAAAAGAGAAAYCUUGACUAUAGCAAGCUUACCCCAUACGAUCUGAUGCGAAUGCUUAAUUGCAAGCCGGCUGACUAUCGUGAUGACGGGAUUUAUCCGUCUAUUAGACCUCCGGUAUCCCAGUGCUGUCCUGCUUUAACAGAAAAGUACUUGACCGAAGCAGUUAGAGAUGGUGGAUGUGAGCACCAUUUCGACAUGGAAAAGGAUGAUAUUGUGGAGGUCUGGAGAAGAAGCCCAAAUAAGGAAUCACUAGGCUACUACGGUGUGGGCACGGGCAUUUAUAAACCGGAGGCGGUUAUGUUUAACGAGGCAAUUUCUAAGUGUCUUAAAAAGGUGAAUCCGCCAGAGCCGCCCAAGCCAGAGGUAAUGCCUGAGAAACCAGCUUCGAGUGACAAUGUAAUAGAGCCACCCGGAUAUGCCGUUCUCAAUCGUCCAGGGCUAAGUGCAAAAGUUAGUAGAAUGCCCACUGUUACGGAAACCCUCAAUGCGAUUAGCGCAUUGCGAUGGGUGUACUGUCCCCGAACUGACGAAGAACGCUUUGCACCUAGUAAGCCCCCUUUUCCGAUAAAAAAAGCACUUAACAUGGAACGGCCACGUUCGAAGUCUAUGCAUGAACUUAGACGGAAAGACGAGUACUGUGAACUGCAAUGUCAUAUUCCCGAAAAUACAUGCACUCAGUUCGAGUGGAUGAAGUACAAAGGAAAUAAAAAAUCAUAUGAAGAGAAGUAUAAGCAAGAGAUUGAAGACUUAGAGAAUGAAUUAAUAAUGGAAAAAAAUCGGGAACAAGAGGAAAAGAUAAUGUCAGAUUUCGAGCUUGGUGGAUUUGGGCCAGGAGCUAUCGGAUCAGUUUUCGGAAUUGGAGAAGAAGAUUUUGGAACAGUAACUUUCGGACCAAAUGUUUUUAGAUUUCGAAGCUCUGAAUCAGAAAAAAAGUCUGAGCAUGGAUCGAGCGAUGUUACAAAACCUAUUGUUGUGCCACCGGGUGUUGACGCAGGAGGUUUACUACCAAGAAAAGGUAAACAGAGACGCUCCUCACAUAGGGGUUCAGGAAAAUUACGAGGACGUAAAGGGAAAUCGGUAGAGCCAAAGAAUUACUCGGAACUAUACACAACUCUGGUUCCAUUUUUUGAGUACGACACAAAAUCGAAAUUGACCAAUGACUAUGACAGCUGCAUUGCUUCCCUGAAGGAUAAUGGCAAUCAAAAAAUUUCAUUUACUCCAGACUCAUCAUCUGAUGAAGGCAAAAGGACGAGUAAGACUGGGGAACGAAAGUCCAGUGUUAAAAAGGACACAUCAGAUGGAAAGGCACACGGUAAGAAUAGAAAUAGAAAGGGGGAUAAAUCAGAAGGCAGAAAAGGAGGAAAUAAAAAAGUUAAAAUUGGUGGAGAAGAUGAUAAAACGGGCGGUAAGGUUAGACAACAAGGCGAUGAUGGCAAAAGUUCAGGUGGUGGAGAUGGCGAAUAUGACAAAUCAGACAAUAAUAUAAUAGAAGAUAAAUCGGAUGCAUUCUCUAAAGACAAAACAAAGCAGAAAAAGAAGUUACACAUAAAAAAGACACACAAAAAAAAGAAAUCAUCAGAUUCGGGUUGCCCGUGCGACAUUUGCCAAUUCAUGACACGUCGCCAAGCGGAACGGGACUCUCCGCUUAUUUCUCAAUUGAAGCGAGAUGAUAAACGUCGCCAACUGCGAGAAUACUAUCGAUUCAAGUGCUAUAUUGAACAGCUCAAGUGUCGCAAGCCAGAGUAUCCUGCACCCCAGCACAAAUGCGAUCCCAUUGUAUGCGACGAUUUCUUCUGUAGAAAUCCUAAGAUAUCAAACUACUGUGACUGCUUGAUGGCCAUGCAGGAGUUACAAAAACAACUUGGUCCCAAGCAUACGAUUAUAAAGAAUGAACUGAUAUUCAAUUUAGAGGACUUGAAGAAUCGACUAUGCAAUCGCUUUUGUGAGUGCCUUCAGUAACUAUUGCCUCAACAGGAAA